AUGUCAAGCAACUCUUCUCCUGAGAAGAAAGCAGGUCUCAAACAAUCACUAAAAAAGGAUCUCAAAAGACAAAUUAAAGAUCUCCAAGACAAGUACCCAAACCAUGAAAUCAUCAAAGGCAUUAUAGUUCAGGUCUCAACUACAAAUGCAAGGGAUUUCAAACCUUAUUGGAAUGAUUUUCACCUUCAAGAAGAUCAAAACUUAUGGUUCUCAGUCAAACAAGUCAUGACAAGAGAACUUGCAGAUAAUCUCUUCACAGUUUGUACUUUAUGGCAAAGAAUAACAGAAUGA